UUUCCCCCAAGACAUAACAGAAACCAACCGUUUGUGGAGUCUAUGGGGAGUUCAGCAGCUUUAUCUCUUUGUGUGAAUCAACCUUCACAAUUGUGGUGCAGGAAUUGGAAGAACAGCAAACCCUCUUCAUUCUUUUUCUCACACACCAAUAAGCGUUCUCUCACUUGCUUUUCUUCACAGAAAAAAAUUGGUUUCAUGGACCAAAUUCUUGAUUACAUUGAAGGCGGUCCAAAGUUAAGGAAAUGGUAUGGGGCACCCGAGCUCCUCCCAAAAGAUGGAUCCCUUUCAGAAGAAGAUAUGUCUUCUGAAGAAGAUGAAGUCAGAGAUGCAGUUUUAGUUACCGAUGGAGAUAAUGAGAUUGGUCAGAUGAUUAUAUUGUCAUUGAUAAUCAAAAGAACUCGGAUCAAAGCUCUGGUAAAGGAUAAGCGGGCUGCAAUGGAAGCUUUUGGUACUUAUGUUGAGCCAAUAGCAGGUGAUGCAAGGGACAGAUCAUUGCUAAAGAAGGCUCUAAGUGGUGUUCGUGCAGUGAUAUGCCCAAAUGAAGGUUUUGUAUCAAAUAUAGAGAGUUGGAAAGGUUUACAACAUGUGAUCCUAUUAUCUCAGCUGUCUGUUUAUAGAGGUUCUAGCGGGGUUCAAGCAAUUGUUACUGCCAAUGCAAGAAAACAGGCAGAACGAGAUGAAUCACUGGUUAUGGCUUCGGGAAUCCCUUACACCAUUAUUAGAACUGGCUUGUUGGUAAAUGCACCGGGUGGAAAUCAAGGUUUCAACUUUAAAGAGGGCUGUGCAUCACAAGGAAAGCUGAGCAAGGAGGAUGCUGCUUUCAUCUGUGUAGAGGCGUUUGACACUGUGCCACAUAAAGGACUGAUAUUCGAGGUGGUCAAUGGUGAGGACAAGGUCAUGGAUUGGAAAGAGUGUUUUGCAAACUUGAUAGAUAAAUCAGAACUGUAAUUUCUUUUGGAUCCAUAAUUGGUAGUAUAUUCUUUUUUUCUCGAUUACACGAAAAAUGUUAGUGUUUGAGAGGAUUUCUCUGAUAUCCAAACUGCUUGUUUUCUGUAUGUAAAUAUGAUGCUAAAAGAGCCAUCAAAAGAAAA